CAUGUACAUUGUUGUAUACUAAAAUAAGGAAACAUUCUAUCAAGGAAGCAUUCAUUUAAAAAAAGAUUACCUAUAACAUGGAUAUUUUCAAAUGGCUUUUUCUGGUUAUUCUGGUUAUUGCUGUCCUGCAUUUCAUUCAUUCAGUCCAGACUUAUACGCUACAAAGGAAAAUAUGUGUGGACAUUCCUAUGAAAUUUGCGGGAAGGAAACUGGCUUGUGAUUUUACGUUACCGGAGGCAAGGAGAUUUCUUCAGGGAGGAAAUUGCUCUUAUCAAUGCGAUGUGUCCAUUUCCAACAUUUGGAGUGACUACUGGCCCCACAAACUGUCAGAACUAGUUCUGAAGUAUGGACACCAAGAAAGGCGGAUUUCUUUGAAAGAAUUUUGUCCACAUGAUCAAUUUUAUUUUUCCGGAUUAGAUGUGCUUCAUACAUUUAGAGUAGUAACGCUGUUUGUGGAUUGUAGCCAUAGUAAUUUUGAUUGCACCAGUGCCCUCUGCAACAAUAAUACCGAUUGUGGAAAUAAUGCUGAAUGCAAUUUAAUCUUAAAUGGUUGGAUUGGCGUGUGUUUCUGCAAAUCAGAGUAUAUCAGGAUCAAUGGACGCUGCUACGAUGCUAAUGUUCCUACUGGUGGAGCAUGUGUAUCAGAUAUCCAGUGCAGAGACGGGACCUACUCUGGUGUUUGCUUAGAUUCGAUUUGUACGUGUGGAGAGGGCUACAAUGAAAUUGAAAACGGAUGUUUUGCAGCUGAUAAUCCUGUUAAUGGAAUAUUUGUGCCUUACAUCCAGUGCAAAGACAGAAUUUUUUCUGAUGUUUGUUUGAAUUCGACAUGUCGAUGUGGAGAGGGAUUUAUUUCAAAAGAAAACAAAUGUCUUGCAG